CGAUCUGCUUCUUUCUCUCUCUGACUGACAGACAGACAGACUUGUAUAGUCAUGGCGACGCAGAGAUUAAACCCUAGCGGCAUCGCCUUCAUAGCUCUACUGCUGCUUCUAUCGCUUGCUUCUGCUAAAGUCUUCUUCGAGGAACGUUUUGACGAUGGGUGGGAAAGCCGGUGGGUUAAAUCUGACUGGAAGAAAGAGGAUAACAUGGCUGGAGAAUGGAACUACACUUCUGGUAAAUGGAAUGGAGAUGCCAAUGACAAAGGUAUACAGACCAGUGAAGACUACAGGUUUUACGCCAUAUCUGCUGAGUAUCCUGAAUUCAGCAACAAGGACAAGACACUAGUCUUCCAGUUUUCUGUGAAGCAUGAGCAGAAGCUUGAUUGUGGUGGUGGCUACAUGAAAUUACUAAGUGGUGAUGUAGAUCAGAAGAAAUUUGGCGGUGAUACUCCAUACAGUAUCAUGUUUGGACCUGAUAUCUGUGGUUAUGCUACAAAGAAAGUUCAUGCAAUUCUCACAUACAAUGGGGAAAACAAAUUGAUCAAGAAAGAUGUUCCUUGUGAGACUGACCAGCUUUCACAUGUUUACACUUUCAUUCUCCGCCCUGAUGCUACCUACACCAUCUUAAUUGAUAAUGUAGAGAAGCAGACAGGAAGCUUGUACUCUGACUGGGACCUUCUCCCACCAAAGCAGAUAAAGGACCCCGAGGCUAAAAAGCCUGAAGACUGGGACGAUAAGGAGUUCAUUCCCGAUCCUGAAGAUAAGAAACCCGAGGGUUAUGAUGACAUCCCAAAGGAAAUUCCUGAUCCAGAUGCCAAAAAGCCAGAAGAUUGGGAUGACGAGGAAGAUGGUGAGUGGACAGUCCCAACUAUUCCAAACCCCGAGUACAAGGGUCCGUGGAAAGCAAAGAAAAUCAAGAACCCGAACUACCAAGGGAAAUGGAAGGCGCCCAUGAUUGACAACCCAGAUUUCAAGGAUGACCCGGAUCUGUAUGUUUUCCCCAAGUUGAAGUAUGUUGGCAUCGAACUAUGGCAGGUGAAAUCUGGAACUCUGUUUGACAAUGUGUUGAUAUGUGAUGAUCCGGAAUACGCCAAACAAGUGGCAGAAGAAACAUGGGGCAAACAAAAAGAUGCUGAGAAGGCGGCAUUUGAAGAGCUAGAAAAGAAACGAGAAGAAGAGGAAUCAAAGGAUGACCCAGCCGAUUCUGACGCUGAUGAGGAUGAGGGCAAUGAGAGUGAUGAUGCCGGGGCUGAGGAGGAUGAGGAAGGAGCAGAUGAAAGUGAUAUCAAGGAUGAACUAUAAGGCGGCUGGCAAUGGCGGUAAUGUGAGCUUUUUAAUAUAGUUUUGUAUUGUUAGGGCUUGGCCUUGGGAUAGAUAUCUUCUUCUUCUUCUUCUUCUUAUGUCUUUGUUUUCAAUUGCCCUGGGAAGAGUGUUGUUAGAAAGAAAAACGGGAGCAUUUGUGUGUGUGUGUUUCAAUUAAAGGCCCACUUGACAUUCACAUAAUCAUAUUCAGUUCUAAGUUCCAUCUA